AUGAGCACCUUCGACGAAGAACCCCCGCGCCUUGGGGCACUUGACUGGUUGGGUCGGGGAAUCGACAUGACCUCGCUGACUCCUUUCAACAUCAGAUCCGUCGAAAGGCUUGUCAAAGGUCAUUUCAUCAUUGAAACCGACAAAGACCUCAAAGAGCGUACCGUUACUAUUGACGGUGUGAAAUAUACGAUCCCCAGCGUAGUUAGCGCCAGUGCGAAGUCUGGUGUUAAUUCGAACUACGUUACUUACCUAUCUGGUGCCGAGGCUCUUCGCGCUUUCCUCGAUAGCACUAGUGUCACCGACCAACUAGUUGUGAAGACGAAUCUGACUUCGUACCCCUUCGAGAAGUCUCUUCCAGAGGCCAGCCAGUUCGCCUUUUGGAACUACAAGACAGACACGUACACCGCUUCCUUACGGGAGUAUAUGGAUUUGAUUAAUCAAGGCACACUGCUUGAGAGUGUAUCCGCGCUCCCGAAGCCGUUCACCGAGACCCCAGACGUUAUGGACGCUUAUGCUAAGUUCUUCAAGGACUUUGGAACCCAUGUCAUCAUGGGUACCAGUUUCGGUGCCCGUUGCUCUGCGGCCGUCUGGGGGUCGAACCAAUAUCCCGAUGUCAACGAUAAUUGGUCCAGAGAUGUCACCGCACACCUGAAGGGACUCAACGACCGGGGUGAAUACGACGUCACAGUCUACAAUGAAAGACAGUAUCAGAUCUUCAAUACACUUGCUCAGACCAUCUUCAAGGCCAUUGGCGGAAACCCCCAGCUAGCUGAGAGACUCAAUCAAGACGACUACGACUUCGAUACUUUCCAACAAUGGGCAGACUCUGCCAGAGACCAUUCCGUACUGUCCUCCAUCACUGCCAUGGAGCUUUGGAAUUUGCUUCGCGACUCUGACGUCUCCGAGCUACGAGAUAGCGCAGACUCGCUCCAGGCCGCUUUCAAUGCCAUAGUUGCGCAGCAAAAGCGAAGCAUCAUCACGACCUUGGUUGUGUUGGAAGGCAAGACAGGUGUCGCGGAGCUCGAUUUGUUGACUCCUGGCGCUACUAUUGGCGUCGGUGGCCCCUUGCCUGCCUUCGACCCUACAACCCAGGAUGUAAUUGGGCUCAGCUCAACUAAGAUACGCGUCGGGAAAGCCCACUCUCCGCCAGUAACUCGCAUCGUUCCGUUUUACAUUGUAAACGAUGGUAGCCCCAUUGAUAUCUCUAUCAAGCGUGAUGUGGGACACGCGAAAGUCGUCGUAAAUGGAACUACUUACACCAAUACCGACAAACACGCCCGAGAAUUCUACCAUGUUCCAGUAACCGUAGAGGGAGAUGUCCGACUCAAGGGGGCCAUUGCUGACGUAGUGGAUUAA